GCCGCCGCGCCGCGCGGGGGGCUUGUCUCGGAGGCGUCCCAAGAUGGCGGCGGCCAUGCUGGGCCCCGGGGGUUGCAGUGCGCAGGCAGCGGCCCGGCCCCGCGGCGGCGGCCGCCGGCGGCACUAAGCCCCGCACCGCCCGCCUCGGCCCGCCGCUAAACCCCACCUGGCGGCGGUUUCCCCGGGGAGAGGGGGGCGGGUGUGGUGGGGGGGGGGGACGCCGGCUCGCUGCGGCCUGCCCCGGGGCCUGCAGCCGGGCCCUGAGGCCGCCGCCGCUAUGGAGGGGCCCGGCGCGGCGGCGGUGGGCGCCGGCCCCGGCGGCAGUAACGUCCCCGCUUUCCUCACCAAGCUGUGGACCCUGGUGGAGGAUCCCGACACCGACUCGCUCAUCUGCUGGAGCCCGAGUGGAAGCAGCUUCCAUGUGUUUGACCAAGGCCAAUUUGCCAAGGAGGUGCUUCCAAAGUACUUCAAACACAACAACAUGGCCAGCUUUGUACGGCAGCUCAAUAUGUACGGCUUUCGAAAGGUUGUCCACAUUGAGCAGGGAGGAUUGGUGAAGCCAGAGAAAGACGAUACUGAAUUCCAGCACCCGUACUUCAUCCGAGGCCAGGAACAUCUCCUGGAGAACAUCAAGAGGAAAGUAACCAGCGUAUCCAGCAUAAAGAACGAGGAUAUAAAGGUUCGGCAAGACAACGUAACCAAGUUACUGACUGACAUCCAGGUGAUGAAAGGAAAGCAGGAGAGCAUGGACUCCAAGCUGAUAGCCAUGAAGCACGAGAACGAAGCGUUGUGGAGGGAAGUGGCCAGCUUGAGGCAGAAGCACGCUCAGCAGCAGAAAGUUGUCAAUAAGCUUAUCCAGUUUUUGAUUUCAUUGGUGCAAUCCAACCGUAUUCUUGGGGUGAAGAGGAAGAUCCCCCUGAUGUUGAACGACAGCAGUUCAGCACAUUCCAUGCCGAAAUACAGUCGCCAGUACUCCUUGGAGCACGUCCACGGCUCAUCCCCGUACGCAGCUUCUUCCCCAGCAUAUAGUGGCUCCAACCUGUAUUCCCCGGAUUCUUCAGCCAACUCUGGUCCCAUUAUCUCUGACGUGACCGAGCUAGCCCAGUCCAGCCCUUCGGCAUCUCCCAGCGGCAGCCUCGAUGAAAGGAGUAGUCCUGUGGUCCGUAUCAAAGAAGAACCCCCUAGUCCCGCCCGCAGCCCCCAGGUAGAGGAGGCCAGCCCCGGGAACCCUCCCGCCGUCGAAACUCCUCUGUCCCCCUCCACGUUCAUCGACUCCAUCCUGCAGGAGAACGAACCCAGCACUACGACGGCUGCAGCCGGCGACAGCACCACACAGCCUCAGCCCCAGGAAAAGUGCCUCAGCGUUGCCUGCCUCGACAAGAAUGAACUCAACGACCAUCUGGACACCAUCGACUCCAACCUGGAUAACCUUCAGACGAUGCUGACCACCCACGGCUUCAGCGUAGACACGAGCGCGCUGUUAGAUCUGUUUAGCCCUUCAAUGACGGUUACAGACAUGAACCUUCCCGACCUGGACAGCAGCCUUGCCAGUAUUCAGGAUCUCCUUUCGUCCCAGGAGCAGCAGAAACCCACCGAGACGGAGGCCAGCGCAGCGGACGCAGGCAAGCAGCUGGUGCACUACACGGCCCAGCCCCUCUUCCUGGUGGACUCCAGCGCCGUCGACAUGGGGAGCGGGGACCUGCCCAUCUUCUUCGAGCUGGGAGAAGGGCCCUAUUUCACGGACGGAGACGAGUACUCGGAAGACCCCACCAUCUCCCUCUUGUCGGGGACUGAGCAGCCCAAACCCAAGGACCCUGCGAUAUCCUAAGGCCCCCCCGGGGCAGGGCGAAAAAGAGGAAGAGGAAGAAUACGCACUAAAGGGAAAUCCAGCCGUCAGCCUCCUCGCUUUGCACAGAACAUUGAAAGCUCUAAACACCCUCUGGUUCGUGUUUGCUUCCCCCCGGCGCUGUGAGGAUUUCAUUUGUGUGUGUGCUUAACGAGGUGUUUUGAAACCUGCUUUAGAUUCCAGCCACCCAGCGCUCCUCCAGUUUGGCGGCCGGCGGCGACGGAGGAAGUUGGGGAGGAAGGAGGAGGGAGGGCGGGGGGGAGGGGGGGGGUCCGGGCUGUGCGAGGAGCCCCCCCCCACCCCACCCCACCCCACCAUCCCGUGGUGAUGGCCCGAACUACCGCGGAGGCCGGGACGGGCACCGCCGCGGUUCCGGUGAGCAGUUGGGAGAACCCGGAGAGCGGUCGGCCGGUCGCCCCGUCACGCUCCCGUUUCGUCCCCACCGACGCCGGCGGGGCUGGGGGGGGACACGGCCGCGGCGAAGGCCCUUGGAGGGGGACGGGGGGGGAGCUGCUGCCCCCGGGGCCGGGGAGCGGGGUGCUCGCCGGGUGGGCAGGCGACGGGGGGGAGCUUUUCUGAGGAAGGGGGUUCCCCCACCGCCCCCGUCCCCUUCCCUCCUCGCCCCCCGGACAGGCGGAUGCGAUGGUUUUUAAGAGAGAAAUAAAAAAGUUUGCCGAUGUGGCGCCGGUGGGUUGGAUCCCGUUGUGGUCUCUGCCUUGCGGUCUGAUCCCCCGGGGGGGCUCGGGGUGCGCCCCGGAGCCCGGUUCCGCCUUCUCUCGGUUUUAUUUCUUCUUGCUCCGUGUGUUUCUUUUUGUUUGUUCCUUUUUGGGUUUGUUUUCCUUUUGCUUAGCAGUAAAAAUUUGUACAUUUACACUUCAGAUUGUUAAUAGUAAAAACUGUAUUUUGAAUUUUUACAUGAGAGAAGAAGAACCCACUUCUAUCUAUAUAUAUAUAAAUAUCUCUCUAUAUAUAUACAUACAAAUAUAUAUAAAACAAAUGCUCUGUCACCUGG